AUAACCAACAGAAAACGAAUGGCCAGUAGGUGUCACUAAAGAGAGAGGUGUGCAAUGUUUCGAACCAUUUGUCGACACAAUUGCUUCAAAAGCUUUGUUUCACGAAGCUUCAUCCACCAGUAGCCGAACGAAAAAAAAACCAAAACUUUUUUUUUUAAUAGAAAAAAAUACGUAACGUUAUAUACUCAUAGAAAUGACACAUGCUCAUCCUAAUUAGACAAUGAAAAGGUCAGUCACAUGCGUAACACGUCAAUCAAGAACGACAAAACGAGAGCUUAGUAAACAGAAAACUGCUACUCUAAGCUUUUUUAGUUUGCUUAGUUUUGCACCAGAUCCGCAUACUUUUAGUAAUGUCAUUUAGAUUUUGUUUUUAUUUUUCGCUAUUCAUAUUUGUAUAUAUGGGAUAAAAUCAGAAAACAAUUUAAGACGUGAACACAGGUGAGUAGGAACAUUUGAACACUGCAUGUGGGGUGUGUCGCUAUUCAGUAAUGCCCCACGUAAACGUGCAUACGCACUGACGCAUUUGGAAACGUAAUUACGUUUGUAUUUUGCGUUCAUGUUGGGUACCUAGCGCGCUAGGUUGCUAAAAGCAGUCUUCGAAGAAGAGCUUUUACCGUGUCUUACCAAGACAACAGUAACCACAAAGAAUGCGUUCCAUGCACAAUUGUAAGAGUUAAAUCGUGAGAACAGUCUCACCCGAGUCUAAACCAGCACAAUUAGCUACAAUUGCUGUACUUGUGGGUAUCUUGUUGCAGUGACAAGUAGCCUGACCGGCUUUAUGAAAUCGCGUAGGUUAGCUAGGCCUCGAGGCGUUAGCCAGCUAACUUGCUAACAUAAUCCUUUUCUCAAAGCAUGUAUCCUUCAUGGGGAAGCUAUGGCGGCGCACAACAACCUCAACAUUUCGGUCCUAGAAAUCAGCAGUUCAGGGGUCCACAACCACCAGGAGCAGGAUUUGUUGGAUAUGGGACGUCGCCUGCGCCACCUUCCAAUUUUUCAAGUUUACACGAACAGCACCUGCAACAAAUGCAACAACUACAACAGCUUCAUCAGAGGCAGCUGCAGUCUAUGUUACAGCACAAUGCUAUCUCCGGUUUUGGCAGUGGUUUGGGUUCAGAUCCUCCUGGACCCUGGCAAGGAGGUGGUAUAGCUUUUUCUUCUGGUCCUGGUAACAUUGUAUCCACCAGCAACUUCGGUGAUCAGCCGUCGCACAUGAGAGGUCUGGGAAACCAUAUUCCGCCACCUGUGCCCCAACAGCCUGAACCUUCCUCCUCAUCGCCUGCUGUGUCUAAAAGCUCUGCGCCAGCACCGCAGAACACAAACGGCAGCGAAAAUGUACAAAAGAUGAGCGAUUCCACCAAAUCGGAACCGAACGGCAAAGCCGACCUUUCGUCUAUGUCUUUACAGGAACAGCAGGACUACUGGUACAAACAGCACCUUCAGAAUCUGCAGAAGUUAAAGAAUGAAAAGGCAAAGCAAAUUCAGGAUGCAGGUGUUGAAGCCCCACCAGUACCUCCACCUCCAGCUGAACCACCCAAGAGUGCCCCACCACCGCCACCCCCCAAAGAGGAGCCGCCUCCUCCUCCUCCACCUGAGGACACUAAGCCUAGUGGCAUGGCAGCCUCUGGGGACCCAGCAGAGGCAGUACGUCUGCAGCAGCUGCAGGCUGCAGCUGCUCAGUGGCAACAUGUUCAGCAACAGAGAGCAGGCUACCAGUACCAUGCAUUGAUGCAGGAGCAUGCUCAGCUACAGCAGGUCCUCCAGCGGUACCAACAGGUUAUUCAGCAACCGGCACAUCUCCAGACUAUGCCCAUAGACAUGCAGUUGCAGCACUAUGAGAUGCAACAGCAGCAGUUUGGUUCAGUGUUGCAAGAGUGGGACAGACACUUUAAACUCUGGCUGGAGCAGUUUCAGUCAUAUCCCCACAAAGACCAGCUACAAGAGUAUGAAGGCCAGUGGAGACAGUGGCAGGAGCAAAUGAGCUCAACAUCAGUACAUCUUCACGAGAGAGUGACCACACUGAGAGCUUUGCAGCAGAAGUAUAGUGUCAGUGACCCCUAUGGAGGCAUGAUGGGACCAUAUGCACAACCUAGGCCUUCUGGACCAGAGGUGACCAGCCCAGUAGGACCCUCUGUGUCAAAAAAUAAUAUGGCUCUUUCAUCAGGCCUCCCUCCUCAGAGUGCCCAACCCUCUGAACCAACUGGCCAACAGAAGGUGCCAGGCUCAAAUGAAGCAGAUUUGUGUCUACCCGCAGGGCCCGAUGGCCCUUCUGUACAUUACAAACCUGCUGGCCUUCCUGGACCAGUAACAAGGCUGCCUGGUUCUCAUGGAAGGUUUGAAGUCCCAAGAGGUCCAAGGUUUGAAGGUCCCAGGGGCUGUAGAUUUGAACAGCCAUCACAACAGCGUUUUAGUGGAGGUCCUAGAUUUGAUGCUGGUCAACGUUUCAGCAGGCCAUUGAGAGGUAAUCCCAUUCGACCUGCGCCUCCAGGAAGAUUUGAGAAUCCCCCAAGGCUGAACCCACCUCCUUGCUAUGAAAGACCCCCAGGGCCACCUCCUGGACCACCCCCACAUUCUUUCCUUGGGUCACAAACUAAGUCUGGUGAUGUAACUCAGACUAAAAUGCAUCCACCUAAAACUGAUACAACAGAAGUUCCCUCAGUACCAAGUGCUGCAGUCCCGAAUGAAAAAAAAACACCUCAAAAUAAAACACAUAAAGGUGAUGUUCCUACUGCUAAGUCUAUGUCAGAUGACAUAAUUGAUUCAGGUGAUUUUUUUUUUGUUCAAAGUGAACCUAUUCCUCAAACUCAAACUGACAAAAGUAAAAAAGUAGAGGAAACUGUCCCAGAAACUGUGAAGGAGGAGGAGCUGAAAAAAGAUCCUGCCAAAACUCCCAUUUCAACAUUAUCACCUGUCCCACCAAAAACAACAGUUAGCACUGCCAAUAAAACCCCUCAGAGUUCAAGUUCAGAAACACCAAAAACUAGUAAUACCAUUACUGUGUCCCAGCAGCCCCCAAAUGCCCCUCCACAAGGCCCAUUUAAAGCAGAUAUGCCAAAGGAGCCUCCUCGUGUUCAGCAAGAGAUUAAUCAAAGCGGUCCACCUCAAGCAGUUCGGGGGAGAGGGUGGGGCCAAGGGCCUUUGCCCAUACGAGGAAGAGGUCGUGGACGUGGUCGAGGACAAUAUGGUGGACAAUUAGUUCCCCCUCCUAUAUCUGACCCUAAUUUUCACAAUGAAAAUAGAGAUGAUGUUUCAUAUGAUCACCAGCCAAUAAGUGAGAUGGGGCACAUGGAGGAGGAGGAGAACUAUGGCUGGAGAGAUCUUUCUCAAGAACCAGCUGGAAAGAUGGAUGAUCACGGACCUCAUGACCUUUGGCAGCCAGAAGAGCAUCACUUUUCAGAAGAGUACUAUGAUGAGACUGAAGAGCGAGUUCCAAGGGUUCGAUUGGAGCUUGGUCGAGAGGAAUGCUGGCAAGAGGGGCAAUCAGAGUACUGGCAGGAGGGAGAUCCAUACUGGGCAGAGAGAAGAACUCCAUUGCACCAUAGACCCUCCUUUCCUGCUGAGGGACAUAGACAUCCUCCUUUUCAACCUCGCUUUAUGCACCAUGGUCCACGUCGUCCUCCUCCACCAGGGGAUAUCGAUCGUGGUCCUUCUCACAUGAAUCGAGAACCAUCUGGUCCUCGAUUUAGAUGUGGUCCAGGUCCAUGGGGCCAACCACCACGCCAUGACAUGAUUGGGGGAGAAAUGAGGCGGCCCCCUCCACCUGAAAUAUUGGAAAGGGACAAGAUGGGUCUUCCCCGAUACCAUAAUGAAAUGGACAGAGAACCAGGUUGGCCUCAUACUCAUGGCAGAGAACCCAGGCAUCCUCCUUUACCCCCUCAUGAAAUGAUGGAGAGAGAGAUGAGAAGGCCACCUAUGCGACCUUAUUCAAUGCAUAGGGUGAGGUGGCGCAGACCACCACCUACCCUCGAAAACUCUCAGGGAGCAUAUAAACAAGAAUAUAGCAAUGAGUAUGGUCAUGAAAAUGAUGGAUAUAAAAGAGGUCCACCUGAUUACCAUCACCAUGAUUACAGGGAAGAUGAUGACUAUUACCGUUCACGUGAGGAGUGGGGUAGAUUGCGACCAGAUCAUGACUUUUAUCUACAUCCAGCAAAUGGUCCACCAGAACAUAAAAGAGAUGUUCAGUGGAUAGAAGGAAGGGAGAGAGCAUUCUCUUAUGGAGAUGAGGACCAAAUUGGAGAAGAACGAAGAGGGCCUGGUUAUACUGAUGGCCUUCCUUAUCUAGAUAGAGAUAAGGAACCCCUUUUCCAUUCACAGCCUAGUUGGGAAAAAGCACCACCAACAGCAGCACUUCCACAACAGCCAGAGAGAGUGUAUUCUCAUGUCAAUGAAGAAACUGGACCUCUUUAUGAAAGGAACCCUGAGCUCCCAGUGGGACUUCGUCCAGCCACUGGGCCGCAAAUUAGCCUUCCAGAUGUUCCACCUGAUGAGUCAUCACCAGGUGCAGCUAAAGCUGUGCUUGCCUUGUCUCAAAGGCAACAUGAGAUCAUUCUCAAAGCUGCUCAGGAGCUGAAAAUGAUAAGAGAACUCCAGGAAAGUAAAAAAGUUUCAGGUGAUGCCCCCAAAUCAGAGUCUACUGGAUUACCACAUGACCUUCCUGCAGGUCUCCUUGGCCUAGAAAUUCCACCUGAGGUUAAAAGUGCUCUUCAGGCUACCAAUCUGUUGUCUGAAGCUGUGCAGAAUGUGUCUGGUACGUCUGUGGAGUCUGGGUUGGCUCCAGCAGCACAAGUUACAAAUUUUUUCCAUUCAUCUUCAACACCAGUCCCGAAACCCACGCUAAUAGCCAAAACAGUAGACUAUGGUCAUGGUCAUGAUGUUGGUGCCAAAGUUGAAAGGAUUUCAUAUGGCGAAAGGAUUGUUUUGAGGCCCGACCCACUGCCAUCCGAUCGAUCAUAUGAAAAGGAAUCUCUAGGCCGUCGGGAUCCAUACUUUGAUCGAAGAAAUGAUCCCUAUGUGGAACAAAGGGAGUAUGGAAGGGAAUGGGAGAGAGAGAUGCUAAGAGACAGACCACCGCUAGAUUAUGACAGAGAACGAUAUGAAAGAGAGCGCUACUCUAGAGAUGAGAGGCCACCCCCUGGCCCUUUGCGGCCAGGUUUAAGGGACAGAGAGAGAGACCUGCGAGAACACCAAUCUCACGCCAACCGUGAUCGGGAGCUGUACCCCAGACCCGGCUAUGAUAGGUCUUCCUAUGAAAGAAAUCUUGAGCGCUAUGACCAUGGGCCUUCAAGCUAUGGAAAUGACAAGAGAAGUUAUCCAGAAGAGCCUCCUCCCCCUUCUCUUCCUCAGCGUGUGGAAAAAAAACCGGAGAUCAAAAAUGUAGAAGAUUUAUUGAAACCCCCUGGCCGAGCAAAUCGUCCGGAUAGGAUUGUGGUCAUAAUGCGAGGCUUACCGGGAAGUGGAAAAAGCCAUCUAGCAAAACUAAUUCGUGACAAGGAGGUUGAAUAUGGCGGUGCCCCACCUAGAGUUCUUGGUCUAGAUGAUUAUUUCAUGACUGAAGUGGAAAAAGAAGAGAGGGACCCUGAUACUGGGAAACGUCUUAAGAUGAAGGUUCUUGAAUAUGAAUAUGAGCCAGAAAUGGAGGAUACCUAUCGAAACAGCAUGUUGAAAACUUUCAAGAAAACUCUGGAUGAUGGUUUUUUUCCUUUUAUUAUUCUUGAUGCAAUAAAUGACAAAGUGAAAUACUUUGACCAGUUCUGGAGUGCAGCCAAGACAAAGGGGUUUGAGGUCUAUGUGGCAGAAAUUUCUGCUGACCAUCAAAUGUGUGCCAAGAGAAACAUCCAUGGCCGGAAGCUUAAGGAUAUCACAAAGCUGGCAAGUAGCUGGGAGCCUGCACCUUUUCAUAUGGCACGACUAGAUAUUAGGUCAUUGCUCCAAGAUGCUGCAAUUGAAGAGGUAGAAAUGGAGGACUUCAACCCUUCAGAACUGGACACACAAGCUGAAGUAAAGAAAGAUGAUGAUGAGGAAUUAGAACUGGGAUACCUUCCUAAAAGCAAAUGGGAGAUGGACACUUCUGAAGCAAAACUUGACAAGCUGGAUGGUCUAGCGGGUGGAGGCAAAAGAAAGCGUGGUACAGAUGUGUCAGGAAUUGAAGAUUUCCUUCAGCUUCCAGAUGACUAUGCCAGUCGAAUGUCAGAACCUGGGAAAAAAAGGGUACGCUGGGCAGACCUUGAGGAGAAGAAAGAUGCAGAUAGAAAGCGUGCAAUUGGGUUUGUAGUGGGCCAGACCGAUUGGGAGAAAAUAACAGAUGAAAGUGGCCAGUUGGCUCAGAGAGCUCUCAAUCGUACAAAAUACUUUUAGAAGUAUUUAUACUGACUGUGCCUACAUAAUAUAAGGUAUCCAGUCCCCGAAUUUGCAGUGUUAUGUAGUUUGUGAAGGCAAGAGAAAAAAAAUUGAUGUUCUCAGAAACCAUUUGAGCACAUAAUCUCAUGAGUAAGAUCUUCAACGACCUUUGUAAAAUAUCCUGGACUAUUUUAAGUCUCGUCUUAACCAGAAUAUAUAAAUUUUUAGUUUGUUUUAUAAUUUUUGUGGUGAAUUCCAGUGUCUGUUAUGAAUUUGAUUAUAGUUGUGAACCUGCUUGUUUUAUGUUUGUUUGGCUGUUUUUUUAAACAUGAUAUUCUGCAGAAUGUGUAUUCUUCCCCAAAACUGUAUUGAAAGGUUAUAAAAACAACCAAUAAAUCUCCUGAUAAAUGGU